AUGAUUAACUUGAAAUCGAUGCUAGGGUUUUACACUCGUGAUGAAUGUUUGCCCUCGAACAAGACAAUGGUUCACUGCACCAUGAAAUUCUGCGGAAAAGAUGGGGGCGCCACAUAUCUCAAACAACCUGUCGUCCAAAAUAGGUUGGGCCAGGUGUUUCCGAUCACUGUGAUCGGUUUGGUUUUUACACCAAGAACGUUGGGAGCUCGAGUUUUUCUCUCGGAGCAAGAACUGGAAAUUUACAAUCAAGAUGACAGUGAAUCCAAUCCAAACCCGUUACCAAAGCGCCGAAAGGCGAAAUCCACCAAGAAAAGAGAUUCUAAAAUGAAGUUAAUGGAUGACAGACCAACGGAAUCCAAUUCCACCAUACCAGAGGGCUUGAAAAGCCGAGCUCUGACCGUUGGCAAGUCUUUUUUUCCCAUCCCUGGCCACGGUCGAAGAGCGCAUAUAACACUGGGAACAAGCGAUGGUGUUCCACCGGUUACAACUGGUUUUGACCUUUUGGAAGUGGUGCAAAGAGAGAAAGAGGCCUUCCAGUCCUCGUUAGUGGUGCCAACAUUUGACACGGCCUUCGGGAAGUUGCGCAAUUACGAAGAUGACUUAUGGGUGCUGUAUUUCGAUCGAGCUUGGGAGAUCGACUCCAUUUUCACUGGUAGCUAUUAACAAGGAUAGGAAGAGUGGAAGAAUGGAAGUGAUAUUUGGCAUAUAUCAGUCCAAGAAGGCUGUGUCCUGUUUUACCAAUGAAUGAUUUCGUACCUAAACUGAUAUGUGCAUUGAAAUUUUCGCUGUUAAUUCCUGCCAUUUCGGAUUUGAUAUCGUAGCACAACAUGAUUGAAGCAAGACUAAUGGAAUCCUUUCAGGUCAAAGGAUAAUGCAUUGAAAGCCUAUGAUUUUACUUUUUACAUGCCUUACGAUUUCAUUAAACCAGUGGUCUCAUCAUUACCUAA